AGUGGAUGUGGAGGGGCCGCCGUCUUGUCUUCACAUAGAAAUUGUCCGCCUUUGUUAUCAUCAACACUUUUGUAAUUGUCUUUUUGAGACCAAUUAAUACAGUAGUGGCUGAUGCCAAAUUCCAAGUGAAGGAAGCAAAUGGAAGAGACGAAGAAUCAUAAUCAGUUGGUGCUGGUUCACGGCGCGUGCCACGGGGCGUGGUGCUGGUACAAGGUGGCGACCGAGCUGAGAUCGCAGGGCCACCGCGUCACUGUGCUUGACAUGGCAGCUGCCGGAGCUGACCCGAAGCGUGUGGAGGAGCUGAGCUCCAUAUCCGACUACUGCCGCCCCCUCAUGGAGUUCAUGGCGGCGCUUCCACCCGAGGAGAGGGUGGUUCUUGUUGGCCACAGCUUGGGCGGCGUUGGCAUAUCUCUGGCCAUGGAAAAGUUCCCCCGUCAAGUUUCCGUUGCUGUCUUCGUGACAGCCUUCAUGCCCGGCCCCGACGUCUCCCUCUUGGCUCUCGUCGCCGAGUAUGAGAAGCAGUUGGAUUCUUAUAUGGACACUGAGUUCCGGUUCAACAACGGGCAAGACAAGCCGCCGACGUCCAUGCAGUUUGGGCCGGACUACAUGGCCACCCACCUCUACAACCUCUCUCCUCCUCGUGAUCUGACCCUGGCAACCUUAUUGAUGAGGCCGAUAGGGCUCUACGACGAGGCGGAUUUGGCAAACGAAGUGGCUCUCACUAAACAAAACUAUGGUUCGGUUCGUCGCGUGUUCGUGGUGUGCGAGGAGGAUAUGGUCCUGAAGAAGGAGUUCCAGGAGUGGAUGAUUGGCAACAAUCCUGUUGAUGAGGUGAACAUCAUAUCUGGGGCUGAUCAUAUGCCAAUGUUCUCCAAAUCACAGCAGCUAUCUGCCCUUUUGCACCAUAUACCUCUCAAAUACCAUCACAUUUCCUAGCUUUAGUUCCUUAUGCUGAACACUUGUUUACAUAACAUUGCCAUUGCUUUGGCUGUGAUUUUUAUUACUAUUGUUACGUGAUAUCUUCUACAAUUAUAUGAGUAGUUGGACCAGUCGUAUA